AUGCUCCUCAACAUUGCCAGCAUGCCGAUGAAGGCGUACGUCUCCGAGCACCCGCCGUGGGCGGCACAACCCCCGCCACCAACGUAUGCCAACGACUCGGACUUUAACAUAAAGACGCUGGCUCAUAUGCAAGCGGCGUACAACGUCUCGACGCUACCGGCGACAGCACUCUUUUUCGACGACAGCGCACGCAACACCCAAGUGAUGCGCCAUGUCCUCGUCAUGAACCACCGUCCCAUUCUGGUUGACGACUGCCGCGACCGAUUUCUUGUCGGUCUGCCGAGCGUUCUCUUCUACGGCGCUGGCAUCCGUAAUGUUCUCUGUGCCUUUGCUGCGGCCAACCACUCGUCGCCCAGUGACGGGACGUGGGACCGCCGCGGUGCGUGCAUGUACAUCACGUAUUUUUCAAUGGCCAUCGGGCAUCAGUGCGUCUGGCUUCGUGCCGGAAAUGAGCUUGACGGCAGCAACACCAGCAGUCACGACACAUACACACUGGUAGCGGCCCAUAAAGUGUACACGUAUUCCGCGCUCCACUCGCUCAAGUUUGUCUACCGCAUUGGCAUCUCACUGCUGACGCUCCACCUCAUCUUUCGCUACAACGGUGUCAAAUCCCAAGCGAUGUUCACCGUGCUGCAGUGGGCGCACCCCGACAAGAACAGCUUGGCACCCGAGGUCGGCGGCUCUGUCUACAGCAUCUUUCGUCGAAACGCGCGCUAUAAGCGGUCGCCAACGAUUAGUUUUCGGAGCGCCGACUGCUUUGUCUACUGCUACAAGGACAAUGUGCUUGUCGAGCGUCUCCGCCUCAGCUUGCUCGAGAGCCUCGACCGCAACGAGCCCACGCCGUCGCUUGCCGUGCUGAACGCACCAACUACCUCCAAGUACACGCUGCACCGGCUUCUCGAUCAAUUUCCACCGGUCAUUGCGCGGGCGCGGGAGCCGUCCCAUUGGUGUAUCUAAGUGCGAUGACGGCAACGAAUAUGGUCAACCAGGCGCUGAGAUUUUGCUAAUAAUGCAACAAGUCGAU